AUGGACUCGGGCUCAGCCCGAAACAUGAUUCUGGUCAGACUUCCCACCGAGAUCCUCGAGCUGAUCCUGCUGCCUGAGUUGUCUGGACGCACCAUCGGGCCUCACGAAUCCCCGCUGGUAGGCCAGGAUCCCAACUUCCGCAACUUUUGGAAGGCCACGUGGAAGAGACGUCUGGUCUGCCGCCGCUUCAACGAAGCCAUCUUCCCGGUGCUGUUGCAGAAGCUCGGUCGCCAGGGCCUCGGUCUCCUGCUGCGCACGAUAGUCAUCGACGGCAACUACCACCACAUGGGUUGGGACGCGAUCUGUAAGGUCACGUACCAGCAACACCUCCGUAUGACCGAACUCCUUUGUAAGUGGCGUCUGAACCACGCGCAGAGGGUCAGCUUCCUUUGCAACAUGUAUUUCGCGAUUAGCGACCCGAGGGACGAUAGGUUCAUCCCUGCGCGCGAGAUCUGGGAGAGAACAGACCAGGAGGUCGAGGCCUUGGUAUUGGGCGCAUUCAACGGCUGGUGCAACCGAUUCAGGGUCAGAACCAACCAAUCCGGGAAUGAGAUGUUGCGGCAUAGGGAAGAGCUCAAGAGGGCUGGCUGGAACAGUCAACUGAUCAAGGAGGAGAAUGCCAGGCAUGAGAGAGAAAUUUACAGGAUCAAUAAGGAUAUAAUUUCCUUGGGACCGGAUGCCUGGUUCUUGGACGCUCAACUGGCAGAGUGCAAUCACUUUUGGCAUCAGGAGAACCCUUUGUGUUGCAAGACUGUCUUCUUCGCCAUUCUCUGCUGGUCGAAUUUGUAUCCUACAUCUUGCUUCCAAAAUAAAGACCGACGUCGAAAAGCGACGACCUCUCAAGUGGCCAUGUCAGCCCAAUACUAUCCUCCUCCUCCAUCAGGAGGUCAGCAGAACUACCCUCCGCCGCCGCAAUCGCCUCCUGCGGGCCAGACGAAAUUCUCCUACCCAGCUCCUCCCUCGCAACCUCAGCGCGGUCACAGUGGGAGCUACCCUCCCCCGCCUCAGCCAUCGCCAGGACAGUCGCAAAACUACCCUCCUCCUCCCAUAACUUCGCCGACAUCGCAGAACUUUCCUCCCCCCAAAUCGAGCACGCCUCAGAACUACCCGCUGCCUCCUCAAUCUUCAGCGGUGCAGGCCGCGAAAUACCCUCCUCCUUCACAGCCAUCUCCAAGCCAGGGACGCAGCUAUCCUCUCCCACCCCAGGCAAACUCGUCACCCUCGCAGGCGCAGCCCCAAUAUCCGCCGCCUCCUGGUCUUGUUCAGCAGCAAGCACAACAACCGCAGCAGCAGCCUUCGCCCCAGCCCUCCCCUCAGCAUCAGCAGUAUCAACAGGCACAGCUUCCACUGAGGAACUCAGGCUCGCAGGAUGGAGCUUCCCAAUUCUCUGCGCCGCCGCCGUCUUUCGAUGGACCACCAGACGCCGCGGCCCUGCCGGAAAAGCAAUUCGUGGAAGAGACUCCAGUCGACACCAGCAACCCCGCCAACCUUCAGGGAGGUGUCAUGGUGGCCAUGUCGCACUCGGUCACACUAAGAGGUCAGAUCAAGUUCAGCAUGAAGAAGCUCGUUGCCGGCGCGGAGCUAUCAAGCUCCACCUUCGUCGGACCCGGCGAGCUUCUCUUGGCACCGCCGAUGCUGGGUGACAUUACCAGCUUGCGUCUGACUGGCAAGGAGACAUGGUCAGUUGGACAGGACGCCUACAUCGCCUCGACGCAGGGUGUCAUCAAGGACUACAAACGCCAGGGCCUCAGCAAAGCCAUCUUCAGCGGCGAAGGUCUGUAUGUUUACAAGAUGAGCGGUACCGGGUUGCUUUGGCUCACCAGUUUCGGUGCGAUUAUUCGCAAGGAUCUCAUGGAGGGUGAGAAGUAUGUUGUCGAUAACGGCCACUUGGUGGCCUGGAACGUCAAGUACAUCAUGGAGCGCGUUGCUUCCGGCGGUAUCAUCUCUGGUAUCUCGUCAGGCGAGGGCCUGGUGUGCAAGUUCACCGGACCUGGCACUGUGUUUAUGCAAACAAGAAACGCGAAACACUUCUUUGCCUAUUUGAACGGGCAACAGCAUCAAUCAGUCUGA